UUCUAUUUAAAUAAAUAAAAUAAAUAAUGAUAUUCUCCAACAAAACUGUUCUUCAUACUAUGUGUGUGUGUGUAUAUACACACACACAUACGGACGGAUUUCUCAGUUCUGCGCGCGAAUGAUUUUUGAGAGAGAGAAUAGGAGUUACAGCGAGAAGGAAGAAAUACACACACAUAUAUACAUAUAUAUAUAGACACAGAUAUAUAUAUAUAUAUUAUAUAUAUUAUAUAGAUAUGGCAUCUGCAGUUUGCAUGGCGGUUGGGUUUGUGAAGGCAAGUAGUACUGCAGAAAUUAGGAAACAGAUUGGAGAUCAUCAUCGUGAUGUGGAGAGAGUUAAUGUAAGUAGGGUGUCGGCGGAAGAAAUUGCACGGAAUCGGAGUGUUUUGAUAGUAGGUGGAACCGGCGUGGCCGGCAGCAACACCGCCGUUGCACUCAACAAACUCUGCCCUCACCUUCGCGUUGUCGUCGGAGGCCGUAACAGGCAGAAGGGUGAUAAAGUUGUGGCAACCUUGGGUGAGAAUUCAGAGUUUUCUCAAGUUGACAUUGGAGAUGUCAGAUCUUUAAAAGCAGCAAUGAAAGAUGUGGACCUUGUUGUUAAUGCAGCCGGUCCAUUCGACUAUAUGGAGUGCAAUGUGUUGGAAGCUGCAAUCCAGUCCAAGACAGCAUAUAUUGACGUGAGUGACAGUAAAAGAUUUGCGCAACGUGCAAAAACCUACAAGAACAAGGCAAUGGCUGCAGGUGUUCCGGCCAUUACAACUUGUGGAAUCAACCCCGGAGUUAGCAAUUUGAUGGCAGCCGUGCUCGUCCACAAUGCACAAAGGGAAAGCAGAGGUCAACUUGAGAGCCUAAGAUUCAACUAUUACACUUGUGGAAGUGGCGGCACUGGCAGGGGAGUACUGGCCACAAGCUUUUUUCUUUUGGGAGACGAAGCAGUUACGUACCAUAAAGGAGAAAAAGUGAAGUUCAGUCCUUACAGCAGUAUGCUCAACAUCGACUUUGGAGAAGGCAUUGGCAAGCAAGACGCUUUUCUUUUGAAUUUGCCUGAGGUGGAAAGUGCGCAUGAGGUUCUACAAGUACCAACUGUCAGUGGUCGGUUUGGAACUGGACCAUUCUUCUGGAACUGGACGCUUUCAGCUAUAACUCGUCUCGUUCCGACUAAUUUUCUUAGGGACCAAAGAAUCGUUCAGAUGUUAGUGCAGUUUUCUUAUCCACUUAUUCGUGCAGUAGAUGUGAUAACUGGUGAGAUCAUGUCAAUAAAGGUUGAUUUGGAGUGUUCCGAUGGAUAUAAUACAACAGCUAUUUUCAGCCACAAAAGACUAUCAGAAGCUGCCGGAGUUGCGACAGCUGCAUUCGCACUUGCUGUUCUUGAGGGAAGCACAAAGCCGGGAGUUUGGUAUCCUGAAGAGCCGGAAGGAAUUUCCAUUGAGGCUAGGGAAACUCUUCUCAGACGUGUAGCAGACGGAGCAAUCAAUUCCGUUAUAACCAAGUCAUUUUGCAGAAGGAAGUAGACUCAAGUUAGGAAUAAAUGAGAUAUGCUGAUUCAGAAAAUUCAAAUUCUUUCAUGAUCUAAUAUUCUGCAUGCUUCCUAAUUUCAAAGUACUUCAAAUACUUAUUUAACAUGUAAACAAUGCACAAACUCA